AGGUGAGAAGAAAGAUGAGCAGAAGGACGGUAGCAUCACAAAAAAUAAUAAUGAAGCUCUCAUAUUAUCACCAUCAAUAUUUUCAUCACAACCCAUUUCGACAUUCGUUUUUCUUCUCUUUACCCCUCUAGGAGUUUCGGCUGGCGGCGUCGUCGGCGACCUUGGACAUGGCGCAAGGCAUGGCUAGUAACCGGAACUCCAGCGCCGAGGCCAGGAAGGUCAUGGUAGUCGCAGACCCCACGCGCGAGUCAGCUGGCGCGUUGCAGUACGCUCUCUCCCAUGCUGUCAUCGAACAAGACGAGUUGAUUCUGCUGCACGUUGAGAACCCUAGCUCCUGGCGCAACACUAUUUCCACGUUCCUCAAGAUGCCUUCCUUGGGAAACUCCAACACUGUGUCCCUUGAUUUUGGCGGAAGCGGCGGUGCUUCCGCUGAGGGAGAAGGGGUUGAUUUUCUGGAGGAGAUGAAGCAAAUUUGCAAGUCAUCUCAGCCAAAGAUCAAAGUGCGUGCAAUGAGGGUUGAGAUGGAUGGAAGAGACAGAGCCACCACCAUUCUCUCCCUCAGCAAAACCUAUGCGGUGGAUGUCAUAGUUAUAGGCCAGAAACGCAGUAUUUCUUCUGCAUUGUUAGGAUAUAAGCGACCCGUAGGAGGAACUAUGAAAGUGAUGAAACCCAUAGACACAGCAGAGUAUUUGAUUCAAAACAGCCCCUGCACCUGUGUUAGUGUACAGAGAAAAGGCCAAAAUGGAGGUUAUGUUCUCAAUUCAAAAACUCACAGAAAUUUCUGGCUCUUGGCUUGAUUGGCUUCACAUACUACAUGGAUCAUACCUUGACCAUGGAUGAUGGCCAUCCAUGGUCGACAUGGUUCUCUAGGACAGCAUGAACCUAUCAAUUUCGUUGUGGAUAGAAUUAGGAGAAACUUUUAUAUGGGCACAUAUAUAUUACAUUAUACAUUAGGCAUUCAAAUCAUUACUGACUUUUGCAAAAACCUUUUUCAUGAUUGUUGUAUUUUUAUGACAACAACCUUAAACUUACUUGUCAAAUAAUGAUUUGAGUGCUUAUGAUAAAUAAUGUCUAUGUGAAAAUUAUUCUGGAUUUUGUGAAAUUGGUAAGAGUUCCCUGUAACUUGGUUGUUUUGAAAUGCUGUGAAACCCAUGUAUGUGAUUCUGGUGCUUAGAAUGCAUAGGGACUUCUAUCUUGAGAGUGUAAAAGAUUUUUUAAUAUUACCUAACAACCCAAUCUACGUAUCUUAAUUUCUGCUUCUCA